GUGUAAUCGAUCGCCGCGAUUGUUGUAUUGUCGGGCACGAUUGAAAAACGAUAUGCGCCGCGAAUCUCAUUACGUCGCCAUGGCGGCUGUUGUAAUAAUUCUGAUGAUUUAUUUAUCAUCUCGGGUGUCAACGGCACAACGCUGAAAAAUGAUAAAUAAUACGGCAAGAUGGAAUCGCUCUCAUCAUGCUUCGCCGUAAUGCAAAACGAACAAUAAUGCAUAAUGAGCACCGGUUUAAAAGUUGCUCAUUUUUUUUCCAUUUUUUUCCGUCGAAAAUUGCAGCAGAUUGAGAUAUAUUUUAUAAGCGCGACUCUUCUCUCCAUCUAUCGCGCAUCGAAAUUCUAGUUCUACAUUUAACCCUACACGAAGAGUACACGAAAAAAUAUUUUUUUUAUUUUACCAUGUUUCUAUUAGUACAGGAACGGAGUUAGCAAGCUCUAUUUUGUCAGAGAACAUGGUGAAUUUUGCUGGAAGCACUACAAACUUUUUAAUAGUACACGGAAAAAAAUUUGGUUGGAUCAAGAAAAAUUCUAGUUUGUUCAUAUUUUACUACAAAUUGGUUAAUCCAAUCAAAUUUUUUUUUUCUGUACACAUUCUAGUUCCUGAAAUGUAAGCAACACAUAUGAAAUGAAAGAAAUAGAUAGAGUCAAUUACUACAGAAUGUCGGUUUAUUCUUCGCUAUUCCUCGCUUCUGUAUAGCAACUGUUAUUAUAAAGAUCUCUCCGUGUAUAUAAGUUACGACCAGCUUUAUAGAAUAGCAGAACUAUAAAAAUGUCCUACCUUGAUGCAAUAGAUGGUUAGUUGAUUCAAUUUUCUUCAUAUCGAAUUAUGUUUAUAAGAAAUAAUUUAAGCUCUUGAAAAAACUGAUUUAAGACUAUAAUGAGAAAAUAAAAGUUAUAUGUCCAAUAAUACUUAAUAUUCAAUCAUCUUAAUAUCCUAUCUGCAUUUAAUCUUUAUUCAUAAUUCCAAGGGAUGAUACAUGAAUUCUGUAAUUUAGCUCCGAAUAGAAUAUGUACGAUAAGCAAGUAUAUUAAAUAAUUUAAUAAAAAUAAAUGGGAAAGUAUAAGAGAAAAUUAACAAGUUUAAUUUUAAUCUCUUUUUUAUAUUUUUUCGUUGGCGUCGGAAAUUGAUGUAUAUUGAAUGCGUAUCAAUACAUCCGAAAAUAUAUGAUAUAUUGCUGUCCGGUCGUUUUGCGUUCUCCGACAUAUCUUUCCGAUGUAGCAUCCCGCUUGUACCGUCAUAGCACUGACACUCGUGUAGAUACUCAUGUAGAUACGAUUUAAUCGGAGAAAGCACGUGUUAAUUAACACGACAUCAUCGAGAGCAUGAUUAAGUAUUUCAAGGGCCAAAAACAUACGCAUAUAUUUUGUGUAAAUUUUAGAAUAAUACUUGGGGGCUAAGGGAAAUCGCGGAAUAACGGAAAAAUACGCGUCGUGCGACUAUACCAAAGUAAUAGGCAAGAAUGUAAACAAAGGACUUAUCUCUCCCCAUCAAUCGCACCAACCGUCGUCGCUCGACACCGGCGUCGGGUGAUUACAACAAUCAAAACAGUCCGUACCUUGGCAGGGAUUGAGCGUGUUCUCGCGCGCCGCGCACUUUUCCACAUGGCUUUGUUGCGUCUCGGGUCGGUACGCGAGCGGAGCACGUGUGCGGGUAUAUUAUUCACGUCACAUCCUGUUAAUUAAGAUAUUUCUUUGACUCUUGAACUGUGUAAUCGAGCUCUCGUCGGUAUCGCGUCGAUUGAUAUACAUUUCUCCGAUUAAAUCGUAUCUGCGCGAGUGUCAGUGCCAUAACGGAGCAGCCAGGAUGCCAGGUCGAAAAGCCAAAGUGGAGGACGCCACGACGCAUGCAGUAAUACAUCAUAUGUUUCAAGUACCCAUAUCACACAUCGUGGCACUGGUCGGAGAUCCCACCUAUCUUCCCUGCGACAUAUCAACCACUCACGAGGGGGACUCGGUGCAUCUUGUGCUGUGGUAUCGCGAGGAUCUUGGUACAUCAGUUUACAGUGUCGACGCCAGGGACCGGGACUUCGGUAUUGCCGAGAGAUGGUCGGACGACUCCGUGUUCUCGAAUCGGGCCUACUUCAUGCCGGACAAGCAACCGGCGGAGUUGGGGGUCGAUCACAUCAGGGAGGAGGACGCGGGUAUCUACAGGUGCCGCGUCGACUUCCAAAUCGGCCAGACGAGAAACUCCAAAGUCAAUUUGACCGUGAUCGUGCCGCCGCACAAGAUCGCGAUCGUCGACGUGAACGGGAACACGCGCAGCUCGACCGUCGGGCCCUACGUGGAGGGUGACAGUCUGCGGCUCUUCUGUGACGUCCAUGGUGGUAAGCCGACCCCGACGGUGUCCUGGUAUCGCAACGACAAAUUCGCCAGCAACAGGACCAGUGCGCUGCGCAACGGCGUGACACGCACCGAGAUCGUUAUACAAAAUUUGGGCCGGGACGACGUACACUCGGUACUGACCUGCAACGCCACGAAUAACAAUAGGUCGAUCCCGCUGUCGUCGUCGGUCAGCGUGGACAUGAAUUUCAGCCCGCUGGAGGUGAAGAUAAUUGGCGGUAACCAGCCGCUGUCGGCCGGCAAGAGAUACGACUUGGUCUGCACAACUUCCGGCUCCAGGCCGGCGGCCGGCGUCACCUGGUGGAGAAACGGUCAGCGCUUAGUGGAUUCCAAGGAGACCAUCUCCGUCGAUGGGAACAUGACCACCAGCGUUUUAUCUUUCAUGGCGACGAAAGCGGACGCUGGGAGACACUUGUCGUGUCAAGCUGAAAAUCGAAUCAUGGGAACCGCGCCGAUAGAGGACGGCUGGGUGCUCCAGAUACAAUACACGCCGGAGACGCAGAUCCAACUCGGCACGUCGCUGAACCCAAACACGAUACGCGAAGGCACGGACGUCUACUUCGACUGCCUCAUACAGGCCGAGCCGCCGGUCUACAAGGUGGAGUGGCGGCAUCAAGGCAAGGCGCUCCAUCAUAACAUCACGCAGGGCAUCAUAAUCAGCAACCAGAGCCUGGUGCUGCAGGGGGUCGAUCGCAAAAGCGCCGGCAAUUACACGUGCGUGGGAUACAACACCGAGGGCGACGGCGAGAGUUCGCCGUUUUAUCUCAACGUGAUGUUCGCGCCCACGUGCAAGCCGAACCAGACGAAGGUGCACGGCGUGGCGAAGCAGGAGAAAGCGAAUAUAUCCUGCCAAGUGGACGCGAAUCCGCCGGAAGUGCAGUUCCGCUGGACCUUCAAUAACUCCGCCGAGAGUAUCGACGUGUCGGCCACGCACAUCGCGCGCGCUGGCACAUCCUCCAUCGUCUCGUACACACCGCUGACGGAAUUAGAUUACGGCACGUUACUCUGCUGGGCCAGCAAUCACAUCGGGCAUCAACAAGUGCCCUGUGUCUAUCACAUCAUACCGGCGGGCCGGCCGGACAUGGUUCACAACUGCACGACCUCAAACACGUCGACCAAUUCGUUCUCGGUACGAUGCGCGGAGGGCUUCAACGGUGGCCUACCGCAGUCCUUCCUGCUGGAGGUGCGCGAGAGCAAUACUCAAGAGUUGCGUGCCAACCUGACGUCGACAACGCCGCGCUUCAGUGUCACUCAGCUGGAGUCGGGCGUCCUUUAUCAGGCCUGCAUAUACGCCUACAACGACAAAGGUCGCAGCGAGGCGAUGGUGGUGCAAGCCGGCACUCUCCGACUGCCAGAGAAGCAAUUGACAUCCGAGUCAGAACGACCGAGACAGCACGUCAAACUGACACCGAUGCUGAGCGUGAUGAUCGGCGUGGUGACAGCCCUCAUCAUCGUCGCAGUUAUAGUGAUGGUCGUUUUACGGAUUCAGCACACGCACGUGGACGAGCACAACAAAUCGCAAAUGGAGGAUCACGCGAAGCAAACGAAAGCGGUUCCCAUACAGAGAGAGUUAAGAUUCCGGGAAGGGUGUAGCCUACUCGCGGACGAAAAACACCCCAGCAGCCCGUUCAGAAAGCUAGAUACCAGCGGCGAUCUGAGCGAGAGCGACGAGAAAAAUCCGGAUAUUAUUCCGCAACAGAUUACUGGAGACGAACCAUCGGAAUACUUAAGGAAGAGACGUCUGGUGUCAACGAUCGAGACGUCACCCUCGAGGAGUCUCUUGGAACACUCCACGGUGACUUCCAUCAGCGGACACAGCAGUUACGUCGGUUACUGCACGAUUCGCAACGGCAUGCCGCUACACGAGUUCUCGAACUUGUCAACGAAGCACAAAAGCUUUCAGCCGAUGGUGAGCGACGUGUACGAGAGCGGCGUUUGCACCUUGCCGAGGCAGCACUGGCCCAGCCAGAGCGUCCAGUCGAUGUCGAUGUCGAUGAGCCCUCCGAUGCUGUACGCCGGUCUGGGCGUCGUCAGCAGGACCUGUCCGAGCGGCACGUUACUGACGAAGGACUGCGAGACGAGGGUGCCCGGCCAAUGCUGUCCAGUGCAGUCGCAGAAGGACGGAACGAUAAGUACGCCCGUGGUGAUGGCUAAGCGGGAGAGCUCCGUGUGACCCUACACCCACCACGGGGCCUGCACCGUGUGCAGCGUGAGCGAACUACUGUGAGACCCUUGCCGAUCGCGAAAUAGCCGCGAGUCCUGAACGACACGAUGGUCCAAAGGACAAUCGGGAGAUCUCCGGAGGACGUUUCUCGCGCGGAGGAUUGCGAUUUUUCUUUCUAGAGAAAUCCCCCGAGGAUCGCCCAAGUAUAUUAAGAUGUCGUUUGAGACCGAGAGGGUGAAUUAAAGGACAUUUGCGAGAUUAGAGUGUUUAUUAACGAUCUCGAUGAUUGAGAUUAGCAACAAAAGGAAGAGGUUCUUUUGGUAUCUCAGAAGAACUUCCCGGAAGGGAAUUGGGACACGUGUCGUUCGGGACGCUUGGAGCGAGCCGGUUCGAGUUGGACGGGUUUUACGUUUCUCCAUUCGUCAGGAUUCGCGUCUCUCUGUUGAAUCAAGUGCCCUUUUCACACCGAAGGAUGACGAACAGCCUCGACCGGCUCUCCUCGUCGGCUUUUCUCGCGUCAGCGUCGUUAGCUCUUCGCGACCGGGCCCCCGGUGGAGCCUCGCGACGGAGCCGUGUAGUAGAGAGAGAGAAAGAGAGAGUGUGAGUUUUGCCAUGUGUGCGUGUGCGAGCGCGAGUUCGCCGUACUUGUACAUACCUCGAGACGCGGAAGAUAUUUUGUACGAGUCGCGUAUAUAUUAAUGGUUUUCAUUCCCACUUUUACUAUGACACAACACUGUACAAUUUGUCUAGUCGAUGUAAGUAUAAAUAUGUAUAUGCGUUAAGUCGUUGUCGGGAGAAGCGCCGUCAGGCCAGAAUAACGUACACUGAACGGGGGAGGGAUGAUGAUCGUCGCUGCGUUACGCCAUGCUGCACCGUGCGCGCGGUGUAAUUAUUUAUAUAACGUUGACAACGCGUAAAUGGGAACGGCAAACGACGAGACGGAGCUCUCUUGCGUAGGGUCGACGACGGGAGAGAGAACGGAAGAAUCGAGUUGUCAGAGACAUAUCGUUUGUAUCUCCAUCCGUGGGAAAUCGAGUCGUGGGCGACGGACGCACGAAGAUCGCGAGGUCGGAGUAACGAGGCGACGAAGGAGAGAAUGCAUGCAUGCAUGUAUGUGUGUGUAUGUGUAUAUGUGAGAGAAAGAGAGAGAGAAGAAAAGGGAAUAAAUAAAAAUUCCUUAUCGUUGUCGUCAGUCUGCAGUAUUCUGGAUUACAACGUAAGAUUAAGUAUCUCUUGUACAAUGUAUAAAGUAACGACUUCCUUCGAAGUAAAUGUACCGAGUAUGAUGAACGUUGUUUUUCAAAGUCUUGAUCUUAUUCUAGGGAAAGAAAGAGAAAGAGAGAAAGCGAGAAAGAAAGAAAGAAAGAGCGAAAGAGAGGACAGCCGAUCAGGACGUUCCUCGAAACGUGUGAUGCGUGAUCGCGAUAACACUUCUAAUUACUGCCUGUUUCGACGCUUUGUGAAUCUCGUUGGUACUUCAUUCGGAGGUUACCGCUCCUAGCCUCUCUUUGUAUUAUAUAGCUUUAAAAGGGUCGUCGAAGGGCGCCUCGUCAUAUCCUUCGUACGGUACAGGAAUAAUAUCGUCGUCGUCGUCGUCGUCGUCGACGCGACGGCCGGCGGUGAAGGCGGCAUGGCUUCCACCCCCGGCCGCUAGCCGAUCCGCGAGAGAGGUAAAGUGGAAAUUGGAUGUAUUCCACGCGAUAUCGAGGAAUCAACUGCUGGCCGGUGCAUUUAACGUGUAAUUACAUUACGUGCGUUUAAUCUCACCCCUUCGCGAGGAACGAUAAUCCGUGUCUUUUCGCUCCGACCCGCGCAAGUUGAUUUUUGCCUGCAGGACUACGCUCCGGAACGCGCGACUGCGAGGAUUUUGCGUGAGAAAUGGAGCGUAUUUCAUCCGAUACGGCUGGGCGCGUGUAACGUGAAAGAGACAGAGAGUCAUAUUUUUACGCUCACGUGUUACAUCCCUUUUUUUGUUCUUUGGCCACCGUUACAGCGCGCUGUGAAGCGACAGUUCAUCGAUUUAUUCAAGCAGAUACUAGAGAUAGAAACUCGAAGCUUUGUCUGUUUUCACCAAAGGAUCCCGCGAUCCGUCAUCGUCGUUAAAACCUGAAUGUUUUCACCCUUAUUUAUUAUUUAUUUAUUUUCAUCUUAUUGGCGAAUUUAGUAAUUAAAUAAAACUCACUUCGACCUCAUUGCUCUCUGUCUUUUUCUUCGACGUGUCGAUGCUACUAAAAUUCAAGUUUCGCCGAAGCGGCGCGCAUAUUUGUAUAUCAGAUGAGAACUUUGCGUAAAAUGACCAUUAGACGGAAUGUAGGUUGCGACUGUUUGCAGACGUAGCAGUAAUACGCGAAUAUGCCAAAGAAAAAAGAAAAAAGGAGAGAACGAGACGAGUCCUGCACGCGAGCGCGAAGCGUACGCGUCCAUGUUUCCGCAUCCCGUUUCCAAGAGAGGAAACGAUGGACGACUCUGGAUACUUAGCAAAUUACUCGAUGUUUAAGGAACGUAGAAAACGGUGAAUCGCGUUUUUACGAGCUAUGAGGUGUCUCGAGGGAUUUCUAGGCGAAUUGUUUCCUCGAUCGCUAGGUGUUACGUUAUAUCAUCCGCGCGAGAUCUUACUUAUCGGAGAAAGAGAUGAAUCAUUGAUCGUUAUGAUUAUUAUUAUCAUUAUUAUUAUUAUUAUUGCCAUUAAUGGAAUUGAUGUCGAAAACAGAUUGUACUGAGUGUACCACUGUCGAGGAGAAUUUUUAGCGAUCCUUGAAAAGGCCGAUUCACACAUUCCCCGCUCCUCCCGCUCGUCUCCUUGUUAUAACUUUUGCACGCAUAGAGAAAGACUGUAAGCGUACGCGGUAAGGAGCGCUGCGACAAUGAGGUUCCGCGAAGAGUGAUCCGACGAAAGAGAGACAGAAAAAGUGAGAAACGCCACGAGAGAACACAAACCGUACAAUAAAUAAAAAAAAACCCGGACUUCAAACUGCCAAAGUUUCUAUUCUUCGUUUGCGCGAUCGCUCCGCUCAAAGCAGGCGCGCGCGCCGUGUAGCUGUCGUGGUGUAUACUUUUUAAUAACAAACGAAAACAAAUCUUUUCUAACGACGAGUUUCGAUUGCGUGUUGCAUGUUCGCAAAAUCGAGGAGAGUUUACAUUCGAUGACGAGAAAUUCGUUACUUGACGCGAAAGACCGAUCGUUUUUCCAUCCCAAUGAUCCGGGGAUGAUCGAUCGCCGAUCUUUCCGCAUCUACUUCUCGUUGUUCAAAUGACACUUCAACUGUUCAAACGAAAUUAUUCGAUGGCUCCGUUCGUCAAACACGUCAGUCGGCAUAAGACUGCACGGCGGUGGCCAAACGUUGUUAUCUGCGAGAAAUAAUAUCGAAAUGAGUUUAUACCCGCGAGAAAGAGCAACACUAGAGAAUCGCCGAGCGAAAUCCAAAGGAUUCCUCGAUCGCGAGUAACCGUUGCGCACGCAUUACUGCCCUAUGUGUUGUAAUAAGUAACGAUCGGACCUGACCAGCCGCCGCUUGCGCGAGACAGCAUUGAAGUUUGUAUAUGUAUUUAGUUUAGAACUGUCUCCAACACACGAGUCUCAUAUACCCUCCCCAUACCAGAACGUUUUUUUGAUAUUGUAAAUAUUCUGAAAUAAAUAAUCGUUUUUAUUCA